GUAUGUGUCAUUGCUUUGAUGUGUAUUGGCUAUCAUCUGAUGACCUCUAGUAUUCUAUCUGAUGUAUAAUUUUUAUUCUUCAUUUUGAGUUGGGGACUAUUGAAAUGUAUCUAGGUUGUUGGGUAAUAUACCAUCCUAAACAUAAGACCUUCCUGUACUUUAAGGAUUGUCAUUGCUUUCAAUGUAAUGUUCCAUCUGCUUAAAGUUCCUUUGCACAGUUUUGAUUUAUUGUUCAUUUAUUUAUCAUAGAACCAUUUGCAUAGAGAAUAUCUGUAGCUCGACUUGUUUCGCUGAUCCCCAUAAAUGGCUCUUUCAUUUUUUUCUACAAGUAUCGUCACAGUGAUGAUUUCUGAACUUUUGCUCUGCAUCAUGCAUAUGAUAAGCAAAUCCCUUUUGAUAGGUAAUCAUGCACUUUGAGAAAGACAAAAUCCAGAAAGUUAUGAGUGGGACGUUGAGACUCCAAACUGAAUUCGCAGAAUACAGUGAUCUGUUUCCUAGCAAGGUGGGAACCGGGAUAUUGUACGACAAGGAGGGCCAUAUACUAACAAAUGCCCAUGUAGUGUCUGAUUCCUUUGACUUCAAAUUUCUCUCCCCCGGAACUUUGGCUAAGCACUGGGUUGCCGGCAAAGUUGUUGCCAAUUUUAAAGGCGGGGAACAAUGUGAUGCGGAAGUCCUCUCUGUGGACGUCGGUAAUGAUGUCGCUCUCUUGAAAAUACCUGAAAGUGUAAUUAAGCCUUCUAAUAUUCCAUGUGACUUUUCAGAAGAAGUGCCAGGCAUGGGCGACAACUUUUUUGUUGUGGGUCACCCUCAUGUCGUCCCUUUCUAUGUUAAGUACGGACAUGUGAGUGACCCCUCCCGCCCCCCCAGUGACAUCCAUGCGAACAUUCUAAAUGGUUUUCCUCACUCCCUCGAACACAUGGACCCAGCCAUGAAAUUUCUUGAACUUGAUGUUAUGGCUGGUCCGGGGUUCUCUGGAGGGCCCCUAUCAACGGUAGAGGGAUUGGUGUUUGGGGUCUUACAUGCUGGAAUCCAAGGAACCGCUUGUUACGGAAUACCAUUUGCCAUUAUUCAAAGUGCCUUGGGUCGAAUGUUCAAACGCAGCCCGGGAGACCAUGUGUUCUGUCAUUUCAAUUGAGCACCCUUAGUCAAACUUGGACAUCUUUUCGGAAUUUCUGCCGUUGUUUCUUAGUCAAACUUGGACAUCAUUUCUGCUGUUGUCUUAUCACUUGGCCAAUUCUGCGGGCUUUGCUUUCAA